AUGGCAUCGCGAAAAGCCCAGUUCCCACCUGUCAAGAACGCGUUCCGUGGUUGGCAGCAACUCGCGUCCGGUAUUAUCCAUCGCUCUUCGUGCAUCAGCAACCACGUGGUGGACAUGGGAAUACCGGAAUAUGAUCCCAUCACGGCUCCUUUCAAACAGUCUCCAAUACGGCAUUGGCUGGGUUGUCAGCAGCCAGAAGUCUGA